AACGAAACUAAUGUCUCUGUUGCGAUCGGCACGGUUGCCGCAACCUACAACGGCACAGAAGUUUUUAAUAAUGUCCUCCAGCACGUGCGCACGAGAGUAGGUUUACGCCUACUUCAACCGGUUAUUAUUUUGCAGUUUUCGCUCGUGACAAUGGCUCGGUCAAGUGGCACAGCAUCGUGUGACAUCAGCCCGCGGAGUGACGAGAGUGCAUGCGUUGUUUGUAGCAAGGAGUCGUACUCUUAUUUUACGUGCGGUCUCAGACGUGCAAAAAGCGGUAAAAAGUGCACGUUUUGUAAACACGUGGUGUGCAGCAACAAAGGAUGCUCGACGAAAGGAAAGCAUCCGAAAGGAAGGCAAUCUUCGGAUCGAAGCUGCAGUUACUGCCGUGAUUUCCUCCUUUCGCCUUUGAACGAUGGAGAAAAGAUGGUGGAAGGAAUUUUUGACAAGAGAGAAGGGCGACAUAACGAAAUAACCAGCACAUUUAUGGUUUGCAUGAAAAGAGACACGGCGAUACCAGAAGCAACAGUUUACUGGCAAAUGCAAGCUGCACAAACAGAAAACUACCCGAAUUCUCUAGAAGAAUACGGAAAUUUUUUGCUCAUAUCGAAUGUGGAUAGCAUAUUGUUUACGAAACAUACCGGCACUUCGAAAGAAGAGAAAUUCUCUGUAACUUUUAAACUCAGCGGUGACGACGGUCGUAUCGUGAGUUACAUAUUCGAAACGCAAGAUGAAGAGCUGUUUCAGGGGUGGCAAAGAGCUUUGAAAGCUGCGUACCAUGUGAUAAAACGACGACACGCUGAUAGUACAACGCCCUUGAUUCAAGGAAGUAGCGCUGACGGAGGACACGAUAUUCAGUGAGCCAACUUGUCGACUCGUACGUCUACAUUUCUUUAGUGUCUGCAUGGAAAUUGCCGAUGAAUUAUUAUAGUCAAAUAGUACAAAAAG